AAAAACUAUUCCGCAUCAUCAUCACAAUCUCUCUCUUUUUUUUCGAAUGCGUUCGGUUUGGGUGGGAUUUCCCACUGCUCCUUAUACCCACCAAUCUGCUGUUAAUGCCGCAGAGAAGGUUCUAGAACCGGCAGGAUGGACGAUUCAUCGGAUAGAUCCUACUCAAGACUUCAGAUUGGAAGAGGUGAAAUUGCCAAAAGCUGAUGUAUACUUUGGCGAUUAUGAUCUCCUUCCGUUCGAAGACGUUCAUCCCAAAAGUGGAACGCAAUCCGAUACAAGCGGAGGGGAAGCGGUACCUUAUCCGCAAUUGAGUAGCUAUGUGAUCCGCAAAUCACUCAUCCGAAAGAAUUACCUCGCUCAUAGCCUUCAUUUAGCGAAGGUUAAAAACCAACCUUCCACAAGCCAAAACGAUGAUAUCGCGCCGGCCACUUGGAUUUUCGAAGCAACGUGUGCGGAAGAUUUAGAUGAAUUAUUGGCAGAUGAUCUAUACGACGUAAAGGAAAUCUUGGAAAGUGAUCAAAAUAGAUGGUUCAUCUUGAAGCCUGCAAUGGCAGAUCAAGGUAUGGGUAUCCGACUAUUUAAUUCCAUCGAAUCUUUAGAGGCAAUCUUUGAAGAAUUCGAGGAAGAAAGCGAUGAAGAAGAAGACGAAGAAACAAAUGUCGCUCAAAAUUCCUCUUCGACAGCAGUUGUGAUCAGUCAAGUACGUCAAUUUGUCAUUCAAGAAUAUCUACAAAAUCCACUGGUCAUUCAAGCACCUACACUAGAAAAUUAUCAUAAAUUUCACAUUCGAGCGUACGUAUUGGCCCAAGGAAGUCUGAGGGUGUUCUUGUACGAUGAAAUGUUGGCUCUCUUUGCACCAAAAGCAUAUUCGGAUCCCGAACAAAAUGAUGAUGAAGAGAUCGAUCUUUCAGCACAUCUAACAAACACAAGUAGACAAGAUGACGAACAAAGUCUAAAAACCGUUCACCUACUUUCCGAUUUAGAAGGCUCAAAGAUCGGUCCCGGAGCAACGUCAACGGUUUUAACAUCUGAACACCUAAACGCAAUUCGUUUAGGUUCAGCAGCAACGAUUGCAGAAGCAUUUGAAGCAUGUACAAAAGCAGGAAGAAUUCACUUUCAACCUUGGCCAAAUGCAUGGGAAAUCUUUGGUGUUGAUCUAAUGGUCACCGUUCCAAAUGCUUCUCCUACACAAUCCAUCUCUCCGAACGAUCUUCGUGUUUGGCUUUUGGAAAUCAAUGCUCAACCUGAUUUUGCAAAGAGUGGACCAAAACUUCAAGAAAAGAUUGAUAGAUUGUUCGAGAGAUCUCUAGAGAUUGCCGUGCUCGGUCAAGAUGGCGAAGACGAAAACGCAGAGAAAAAGUGGCAAGCUGGAUCUUCACGGAAGGACAUGACGCUCUGCUUAGACAUCCCAAUGAGCUCUGGUGGAUGGUAA